UGUUCCGUGAUCAUAGGGAAUCUUCAGAUACGGUUUAUGUGUACUAUUUUAGAUUACUUUACGUGACGUGUGUGAUGUAGGAUUUGUUUUCAACCGCGUUCGGAGAUGUUUAUUACUACUUUGCGUUUCGGAUGGUUAAGUGAAUAAAUUUUUGUACUGUUGGACAAUGGCUAAUCAUUACGAGGUUCCAAAUUGGGCAGGGAAGCCACCAGUGGGAUUGCAUUUGGAUGUACUGAAAAAUGACAAAUUAAUACAGAAACUCAUGGUGGAUGAGAAAAAAUGUUACUUAUUUGGCCGCAAUCAACAGCUGAAUGACUUCUGCAUUGAUCACGCAUCCUGCUCUCGGGUUCACGCUGCUCUUGUUUACCACAAGCAUCUCAAUCGUGCAUUCUUAGUUGAUUUAGGAAGUACACAUGGGACUUUUAUUGGAAAUUUACGUUUAGAAGCUAACAAACCUACUCAGUUACCAAUUGACAGUACGUUUCAUUUUGGAGCGUCUACUCGUUAUUAUAUAAUAAGAGAAAGACCUCAGACUGGUGCUAGGCCUAUAAUUGAAGAACUGGAAAAGUUAUCUGAGGAUAUGGAUGCUGGUGGAUUGUUAGGUCUACCUGAAACAGAAACAGAACUGGACAAUCUAACGGAAUUUAAUACAGCUCACAAUCGACGGAUCUCCAUGCUUGGCAUAACAGACGACGAGAUGCACAAGCCAACGCGUAAACGAAAGAAAAAAGGGAUUACUUUCAAUGACGAUGAAGAAGUAAUCAAUCCUGAGGAUGUUGAUCCUUCAGUCGGGAGGUUUCGUAAUCUUGUACAAACGACAGUUGUUCCUAGCAAGAGAAUGCGUAUGGAAGGUGGUCUUAUAUCACUGACAGAGGAUCAUAAUCUAUUGAAGCAUAUGCAGCCUACGUCUACCACUCCUCAGCUCUAUCACGAUCUACCUCCUGAGCAAUUCACACCGUCCGCCUUGUCGGCAAUGAAUCCAUUCUCCACAGCCCUCACAUCGCUGACAUCGCGGCUCGGCAUCGCGUUGCCCAAUCCAGCGCCCGAAGUGGAAAUGACGCCGAAUCAGAUACCGCAGGAAGUACAGCAAGUACAAGAGCACAUGGCAGGUACGAAUGAGUCAAGAGCGAUGGAACCGAAGAAGAAGAAAUAUGCCAAAGAGGCAUGGCCCGGGAAAAAACCGAUACCGACGCUCCUAGUGUAAUAAAAAAAAUUACCAUUCGCAUAUUGUAAUCCAAUAUUGUCUUUCCGAGAAGGUCAUUUCACAAAACAGUGUACAUCUUUAGGACAAUUUAAUGAGUGCUAAUAUUUAAGUCCGCUCCAUGUUUAUCAUGGUAUAUUUUUUGUGAAAAUACUACAUUUACUUUUACUUUAAAUACGAUGGCAAUUAUGGAUAUAGAUACACCUAGUAUUUGUUUUAUCAAAUAGAUUCCGUUAUUGUAAUAUGAUUACAUUAUUUGUAUUAUAAUCUAUUUUUCUCAUGGACUUUAAUUUAGUAUAUAAAUUAAUGAUUAUUAAUAUCA